AUGUUGUCUAGAAUUUUAGCCAGACAACCAUGUCUCCCUUAUCUAGGGCAGGCUCGCUCGGUCAAUUUGGUGGGUUUGCAGGUGCGUUCUCUGCUUCAGCAAAUGAAGUUGACUCAUCGCCUUGCCAGUAGACAUUUCCAGGUUUCGGCUUCUGCUCUCCAUGGCCACAUCCACAAGCCCAAGCCAGGAGAAGAGUUGAAAAUUACCUUCAUAACUAAGGAUGGAACCCAACACACUUUCGAAGUUGCAGAGGGAGAUAACCUUUUGGACAUUGCUCAAGCCUACAACCUUGACAUGGAAGGUGCUUGUGGAGGUCUGUGUGCCUGCUCCACAUGCCAUAUAAUUGUGGAUCCGGACUUCUACGAUGAGAUCCCAGAGCCUGAUGACGAUGAAAACGAUAUGUUGGACUUAGCUUUUGGAUUGACCGAGACCUCUAGAUUGGGCUGUCAGGUGAAGAUGUCUAAGGAACUCGAUGGUAUUCGUGUAGCCUUGCCUGCUAUGACGAGGAACUUGCAAUCGAAGGAUUUCAGCUAG